UACCUGGCUCCCAAAGAAAGGAACACCGCUUUUUAAAAUCAUGGAUCUAUAUCAGACUGUACCAGCAUCAAUUAAGGACCCUUCUGACCCCCAAAAGCAGAAGAAACAGAAAAAAGAAGCAGUGAAUAAUUUCCUUGUAGAAUGUCUACCAACAAAGCGUAUAACUUCAGGUGAACUUGAUAUGCUGAAAGGCAAACAUUUAUUACUGGAUUCUACUAGGAAGAAAUGGAAGGACACGUCUAAGGCAAGAUGUAGAAACACACUAUCUGCUAGAGAUAGAAGAAAACUGAAAGUAUUUGAAUUAAAGAAAGAUGGACACAAGUUUGAAGACUAUGUACCAUUACACAGACUCUGGCAAGAUUAUAUGAGAGAUAUUUUAGACAUAUCCAGAUAUUCAUCAGAAGUGGCUGGUCAAAAGAAAGAGAAUAAUGAGAGGUUAUUAAAGGCAGACUAUCAUGGGUGUAUGAUUGUUGUUCGUCAAACCAGAUGUCCAUCACUGCAAGGCUUGUCAGGAAUUGUUCUCAUGGAAACUAGAAAUACUUUCAAAAUUGUUACAAAAGAUAACAAGAUUAAAUGUUUACCAAAAAUGAAUUCCUUGUUUUCAUUUGAACUGGACAACUUUGUGUUUACUAUACAUGGAAACCAGUUUUGUUCAAAACCAACACUGAGAGUGAGAAAGAAAUUCAAAGCGAAAGGUCCAAUAGACAUUUGAAAGUUAAUGUGUUCUAUUUUAUGAUAGUGUUCAUUGUUAUGACUUUGCAUUUUAAAUAUAAAAGAAAUCUACAUGUA